AUGGAGAGAGUUCGAAUCAUAGGAGUAUAUGUUUUUUUUUACUGUUUAUUAGGUAAAUUAGAAGGAGAGAAGUUCUUCCUUGCCAAUCCAGGACUGUGUCAAGUGAUCGCCUAUCUCUGCACUAUUUCGUGCAUCAGUUCCCUAGGCUCAAUAACUCUCAUGAGCUUUAGUCGCUUCAUUUUCAUCUGCCAUAACAAAUACUACGAUACUAUAUUUAGAAAAAGCACUUCUAUCACCAUGUGUGUCGGUCUUUACCUGACCGGUCUUCUGAUGGUUCUUUUGAAUUUGGCGGGAAUUGGUGAUCACUCUUAUGAUCGAAAGAGCCUUGAAUGUAUUUGGGACAGAAUGGCUACCUACUACUACACAGUAGCAUUCUCUGUUGUUCUUGUAUGGAUCCCCGUAGUGCUAAAUGCGUUAUUCUACUUUAGUAUUUAUUAUAAAGUUCACAAGAAUGCCAACCAAAUUAUGGAUCUGACGUCAUCGAAACUGGAGCGGAAGUCGGUAGGCCUAGCGCGCACUUUGUUUCUGAUUUAUGCCAUUUUUGCGACAUGUUGGGUACCGUACGCAAUCAUUAUUGUAGCUGACAAGGAAAAUUCAUUUCCCCAUGAAGCACAUUUGAUUAUUACGACGUUUGCUCACUUGCAUCCAUCUAUUAAUGGGCUGGUUUACUACAAGACGAAUAAAAAAUUCCAGGAUGCAUUUAAUUUACUGUUGAAAUUGGACAGGUGUUCUAAAAUCAUUAAAAGAAAUGGAAUGGAAGUACAAACAGAUUCAACGUAA